UUUUUUAUUAAUUUUCACACCUUUGAUAAAUUAUUCAUCAAUUUCUAAUUAUUACACGUAGGUAUUUGAUUUUAUUUACGUCUGAAAAUCUGAGUGUCUUAGUGAGUGGUGUGACACACUAACGACGAGUUAGAUCGAUAUACCGGCGCUCGUAGACCCGGCGGAGCAUUCCAUUGCAAAGUUUAUCAGGGUGGUUCUAACAAACAAUAUAUUAUACAUACCUAUUAUAGUAUUAUAUCAGUGGGUAGCUCGCAGAGGUGUCUGCAGAGUCACAGUCACAGCCGAAAACCAACCAUGCAAAAUUCUCCAGCAAAGAAGAAAAAAAACAAAAAAGGUCACAAGAAGAAAAACAUCAAAGAAGAAAAAGAUGCAUUGCAGGAAGUGGAUCGGACCAUGUACAAUAUACAAAUAGCUGAUCUCACCGAAAAGCUUGCCAGAGUAACCAAUAGGUGUGCUGAGUUGGAGAGAAAUAACGAUUUGGAAAGAGAAAAAGCUAAUUCGUUGAAAGAGGGUCAAUGUGACAUCAUUGCAUAUUUGUCGAGACAAGUUGAAAUGAAAAACAACGAAAUCUUUGAUUUGGAAAACACUGUUUCAACAUUAAAAACGGUAUGCACAUAUAGCGGCUCCCUUCCUUAUUAGUACACCUGCUAUACUGCAAUAGUGUAAUAAAUCAGUAGGUACCUACCUACUUAUAUACCUAUAUACUAAUAUAAUUAUAUAUAAUACGUACAUCUUAAAUCGUCCUGGGUUCCUACUAAAUAUUCACAAAUAA